UACUGGGAUCCCCCCCCCCCCCCCCCCCCAGUUGGAGUCCUGGGUCCCUCCGGGUGCGGGGGGGGAGACACACACACUGGGAUUUCCCUUCCAACCCCCCCCUUCCACCUCCGCCCUUCCCCGACAAAGGGAGCGCUCCCGGCCGAAUAGCUGGGUCCCCCGGUCACCCCCCGCCCUGGGGUCGGGUGGGGGGGGUCCCAGAUACCGGGGUCCCCCCCUUCAAGCCCCCCCCCCCAAGUAUGGGCCCCCCCCCCCCCCCCGGACGCCUGGGUUUCCCCCCCCCCCCCCGCCUCGGCCAUGUGCGGGGCUGUCAGGGGCCGGAAGCGUGACGGGGGUGACGACGUCCGUCCCGAUGUCCCCAAGUGUCCCCUCUCUGUCCCACCAGCAUCCACCAGUGUGUCCCCAUCUCUGGUGGCUUUGUCAGCCCCGUCCCGGUGGGUCCUGUCGCCAUUCCUGGUGGUCCCCAUCUCUGGUGGCCUCGGAGGCUCCCGUCCCAGUGGCUCCAACAUCCCUGUCCCCAUCCCUGGUGGCCCUGAUGCCUCCCAUCCUUGGUGGCCUUGUGUCCCCCACCCCAGUGGCUCCACCAUCCCUGUCCCCAUCCCUGAUGGCUCUAGCAUUCCCAUAACACCAUCCUCAUCCCCAUUCUCAGUGGCUCCAGUGUCCCUAUCCUUGGUGGUUCCCUCAUCCCUGAUGGCUCUGGUGUCCCUUGUCCCCCGUGGCUCCACCAUCCCAGUCCCCAUCCCUGGUUCUUCCACCAUCCCCAUCCCUGGUGGCCUCACCAUCCCAGUCCCCAUCCCUGGUGGCUCCAGCAUCCCCCUAACACCAUCCUUGUCCCGAUACCUGGUGGCUCCACCACCCAGUCCCCAUCCCUGGUUCCUCCACCAGCCCCAUCCUUGGGCUUCCACCAUCCCAGUCCCCAUCCCUGGUGGCUCCAGUGUCUCCCUAACACCAUCCCAGUCCCCAUCCCUGGUGGCUCCACCAGCCCCAACUCCAUCCCUGGUGCCUCCACCAGCUCCAUCCCUGGUGCCUUCCCCAACCCCAUCCUUGGUUCCUCAAGCCCCAUCCUUGGUUCCUCCCCUACCCCCCGUAACUCCACCGUGCCCCCCCCCCCCGAUCCCCUCCCGUUCCCCCACCCCGAUCCCCGCAUCGCCCCAUCCCGCCGCAGGCGAUGGCCGUGCCGGGUUGGAAACUGCAGCUGCUGGAACGGCGCCGGCGGGAGGAGGAGGCGGCUCGACGGCGGGAGCGGGAGCAGCGGGACCGGGCGGCUCAGUUGCCCCCUUGGAAGCGGGAGCUGCUGGAACGGCGUCGAGCCAAAGCAGGAGCCGCCGGGGGGGGGGGUCCCUGAUGGGGGGUCCUUGGCGUUGGCGCCGGGCCUGAGCCGGAGCGCCGAGGGGCUGGAACGCUGCGGGGAGAGCGAACCCACCCGGGGUCGGGUCAGCCGCCUGCUCAGUCGUUUUGCCCCGCGGCCCCCUGCCCGCUCGCUCAGCACCGAGGGUC